GUCAGUCGUCAGAAAGUUAUAUACAGCGCGCACGGAUGUAAUAUAUCAAACGUAACGCACGUUCAUCCUCAGGGACUAUUGAGGUGUUCAACUUGUCAAGGAAUAGCCAUUUCUGAGACCUAAGAUGCUGUCGACACGUUUGUGACCUUCACAACAAAAUUUGCGCAGAAGUGCCGCUGUGUCAUUUGUGGCAGCUAAAUUGAAGGCGGCUGUAAUCUUCUCCCACACGUCUUGCUCAUCGCCGCACGUGCUGGAAGCCCCAGGCAGCCGGCUCUCUCAUUCCAGCGUCUGUCUCCCUGCCCACAAGUAUUCCAUUAUAAACAAUGACCUGAAGCCACACCGCAUCUGCUGUCUGAAAGAUGUGGAUUUCAUUGGUAUAGCUCUUUUGGGAUGCGGUAUACUUCAGGCAAGCAGCGUGAUGGAGCAAUCUUCGCCCGACAGUAACUCACAUCAAUGGGGUUCACUUUAUAUGCAAAGAGGAUAAAAUUAUCGCGACACAAAAUGGACCACGGACAUGGGCUUCUCAAUGGCUUGGCUGAAAAACUAGAGUACUGCGAAAACAGGCCUGCAUUUCUAAACCUGGGCAACAGGUGGAUGAGUGUAUUGACUAUAAUAGAAUACAGCAGAGAGCAAAACCAAGCAUGGAGUCCCUGGACAUUGGGAUCUUUAAGGAAAAUCAAGAUUAUAAGUUUUAUUUUUGGGCUUAUAGUCACCGUCCUCAUCAUGGCUUCCUACAUCUUGACCAGGGACCAGAAAGGGCUCUUUUUAACACCAUCACCAUAUCACCUUACUGUUAUAUCUCACCCCGCACAACUGACCCUUAACCUUAACAUCACUACAGACUACACAGCAGUGAGAGAAAUAGUGAGAAGUAUUGUUGCCCGAGUGGAUUUUCGACGGAGAAUAGUCCCUAAGCUUAGAGAACUUAGAGAGAAAGAGACACAAAUGUUUUCUGCCAUUCCUCGCAAGUUCCUUCCAUAUCUCAAAAACCCAUGCUGGUAUGAGGAGUUCCUUGAAAACGUCUCAGCAGAUCCAUAUGGGAAAAACCUGUACGCUCUUUAUUCGAAGCGCUUUCAGGCCAUAUAUGAUCACCUGCGUAGAGCCUUUCCGGCUCACCUUCAUCAGUAUGCAGGGAGUCAUUACCGUCUGCGCUGCCUGCCUUUCUUUUACAUCAUCGGUCAGCCCAAAUGUGGCACCACGGACCUCUACGACCGGUUACGGCUCCAUCCCGAGGUCCAUUUCACCACUAUGAAGGAACCACACUGGUGGACGAGAAAGAGGUUUGGUAUCAUCAGGUUGAGUAAUGGUUUCCAUAACCCCUACCCACUGAAAGACUACCUGGAUCUGUUUGACCAAGCAGCCAAUCAGAUUCAGGAUCAGCUGAUGAACAUCUCUUACAAAAGCCACAAAAAGGUUGACAUUAUAAUAGGUGAAGCAAGUGCAUCCACUAUGUGGGACAACAACGCUUGGAUUUAUUUCUACAACAACGGCACGGGGGUGGAACCUCCUUUUCUUGUACAAGACUUCAUUCAUGCUGUCCAACCAGAUGCCAGAUUUAUUGUGAUGCUCAGAGACCCGGUAGAGAGGCUUUACUCAGACUAUCUGUACUUUGGCAUGGCUAAUAAAUCUGUGGAGGAUUUUCACGUGCGAGUAUCAGAAUCGCUGGAGAUGUUUGAGGCCUGCCUGACUGAGAGCUCCAUCCGUUCCUGUAUUUACAACACUACCCUCAACAAUUUAAUGCCCGUGAGGCUUCAGGUUGGACUUUAUGUUAUAUAUCUGCUGGACUGGCUGGGCGUUUUCAGUAGGGAGCAAAUUCUCAUUCUACGAUUGGAGGAUCACGCUGCCAACCGGAAAAACACCAUGCGGAGUGUCUUUGACUUUCUACAGUUAGGACCUCUCACUCGCCAGAAGGAAGCAGACAUCACAAAGAGCCCCGCUUCCAACACCAGAAGACCAGCCAAUCGAAAUCUUGGCCCAAUGCUGCCCAUAACCAAGGAGAUUUUGCAAGACUUCUACAGGCCGUUUAACCAGCACCUGGCCCAGGUGCUAAGGGACCCUGCCUUUCUGUGGACGUAGCCCUGACAAUGAAGGAAUGAACAGACAAUAUAUACAAAUGUAUUAAACACAAAUUAAACUCUUGUUGGGUGUGCUGGGUGGCUGGUUUCACCUGUGGACAAAAUUUAAAUGACAGAUACUACUUUUUUGGGGGGGGGGGUUAGGUGCAGGACACUUUCAUCACUGCACUUGCUGCUGUAAGAUUAUUUGUUCUCGAUGAUUGAGGAAAAAAAAAUCAAUGGACAAGUUAUUUCAUUCAUCUUUUUUAAAUACACUAGAAGCCAAGGUGUUUCAACAAAACAGAAACGUCACUUUUCUGUACAAGAAACAAAUAGGUAGAAUUGUACAAAUACACUUGCAAUAAACAAGAAAUUAAAAACAUUACUUUCACUUUAA